AUGAGUAAAUUCGGUGUCAUGGUCAUGGGGCCGGCAGGGGCGGGAAAGUCUACCUUUUGCUCCGCCCUCAUCACCCACCUCCAGCUCAACCGCCGCUCCUGCUUCUAUGUCAACCUCGAUCCGGCCGCCGAGUCCUUUGACCACGCCCCGGACCUCGACAUCAGGGACCUGAUCUCCCUCGAGGAUGUCAUGGAGGAGAUGGGCCUGGGCCCCAACGGCGGCCUGGUCUACUGCUUUGAGUUCCUGCUCGACAACCUCGACUUCCUCACCGAGGCCCUCGACGGCCUGACCGAAGAGUACCUCAUCAUCUUCGACAUGCCGGGCCAGAUCGAGCUGUACACCCACAUUCCCAUCCUGCCGUCCCUGUGCAGGUUCCUCAGCCAGGCCGGCGCCCUGGACAUACGCCUCUGCGCCGCCUACCUGCUCGAGGCCACCUUCGUCGUCGACCGCGCCAAGUACUUCUCCGGCACCCUGAGCGCCAUGAGCGCCAUGAUGCUGCUCGAGGUGCCCCACCUGAACAUCCUCUCCAAAAUGGACCUGGUCAAGGGCCAGGUGCGCAAGAGGGACAUGAAGCGCUUCCUCACCCCCGACGCCGGCCUCCUCGACGACGACCCGGCCGAGCUGGCCAAGAGACACGCGCUCGGCGAGGGCACGGGUGCGGUCAUGCGCGGAGCGAGUUUCAAGAGGUUGAACAAGGCCGUCGCCGGUCUGAUCGAGAGCUUCAGUAUGGUCAACUACCUGAAACUCGACGCCUCCGACGAGGACAGCGUCGGCGCAAUCCUCAGCUAUAUAGACGACUGCAUUCAGUAUCACGAGGCGCAGGAGCCCAAGGAGAUGAAGGACGAGGAGUUUGAAGAGCAGGAGGAAGAAGCAUAA